AUGUCUGACGCACCCUCUUCCACCACCACCUCCUCCUCCGCCCUCCGCCGUCCCUCCACCAGCUCCGAAACAUCCUCCCUCUCGUCCGCCUCAACCGCCUACACCACUUACAAGGACAAGGAAGGCCAGCCUCUACUGCUCGACGGCAGCGUCCACGAGCGCAAAAUCAAGCGCGGCCUGCGCCAAAAGGCCCGCGACAUGGUCCACGACAUGGGCAGCCCGCCCACCGCGAGGCAGGACGCAAAGGAUGGCAAGCCCACGCUCAACCACGCUCCGCUGGGAGGGAUGGUGGGCGAGCCCAUGAUGAGGCCGGGCAAGAUUUAA